UAUGCUGCUCUCUUGACUUUCACAGUUGUGCCUUUGCAGAUUCUGGAAAACACCAUGAGCUUGAAGAUAGUCCGGAAGGUGCAUGAGGCACUGCGUCACAUCAUGGCAGGGCUGAUCUUCAAUUCAGACAUGAAUGCAGAAUCCCUUCUCCUCCUCAGUCAUGGUCUCAUCAGUGAAAACUUGCCUCUGCUUACUGAGAAGGCCAAAAAAAAAGUUGCCCCUCCUCCAGAUCCUCGUCUACAACCAGAGAGCUGCCUGCUGCUCCAGCCCACCCCCACAAGAGGUGGGCAGAAGGCACGUGUCAGCAGCAGGACCAACACGUAUACUUUGGUUGAUUCAGGACUUCGGCUGCUGCACAUGAGCCUGAAGAGGUCCAAAGUAAAUUCUUCUGAGGAGCGUGUUCUGGAAAUGUUAGACCCCUUUGUACAGCUGCUUCUAGACUGUCUGAAAUCUAUGGAUGUCAAGGUGAUAACUGGUGCUCUGCAGUCCUUGGUGUGGAUUUUGAAGUUCCCUUUACCUUCUGUCAGUACGAAUCUGGAGCCGCUGAUCAAGCAGCUUUUCCUAUUGCUGAAAGAAUUUGCCAAGACAGGAAUAGCUAAAGGCCAGAAUUUCCACCUGGUUGUGAGCUGUUUCAAAUGUGUAACAAUACUUGUGAAGAAUGCAAAGAGUCAGAUAACAAGCAAACAGCUCCAAGUGUUGCUUGGCUUUGCUGAAGAAGACAUUUAUGACUCAUCACGCCAAGCUACUGCCUUUGGCCUUCUCAAGGCUAUUUUAUCCAAGAAGCUGAUUGUCCCUGAAAUCGAUGAUGUGCUGCAGAAGGUUGCCCAGCUGGCCAUCACAGGUCAAAGUGAGCCAGUGCGACUCCAGUGCAGGCAGAUUUACUUAAAAUAUAUGCUGGACUACCCGCUUGGUGACAAGCUGAAGCCCAAUUUGGAUUUCAUACUCGCACAACUGGAGUACGAGUAUGAAACUGGAAGGGAAUCUGCACUGGAGAUGAUUGCAUACCUCCUUGACACAUUCCCACAGGACCUCCUCCACAAGUACUGUGGGUUGUUUUUUCUGUCUCUAUGCAUGAUGAUGAUAAAUGAUGACUCUGCCAAAUGCAAAAAGAUGGCAGCUUUGACGUGUAAAUCUCUCCUCAGUAAGAUAAACAAUGAAAAACAAGAUCUGAUGUUCUCUCUGGUCACAGAGUGGUUUCACAGCAAGAAGAGCUCACACAGAAGGCUGGCUGCCCAGGCAUGUGGUUUGUUUGUUGAAGUGGAGGGAGUAAUGUUUGAACGGCGGCUUGGACCUAUCCUCACCUUGAUUGAAAAAGAAAUCAACCCAGUUAAAUUUGAAGAUAUAACUGGAGAGGAGGAGGAGAAGGCUGCAGACAGGCUGCUAUUCAGCUUCCUGGUGUUGGUAACAAAGCUAAUCACAGAGUGUAACUUGGUUCAGUUAACCAAGAACAGUGACGUUGUGAGCAAUAUUUGGGGUCAUGUCCAGUCUCACCUGUGGUAUCCUCACAGCUGGGUCUGGCUGACAGCUACUGAGAUUUUUGGCUUGUUGUUUGCAUCCUACAAGCCAGAAUAUCUUGUCAGCAAGUGGAGGGCAAGAAAAGCAGGGAAGAGGAAAAAGACCUCAGCAGAGCUGUCUGCAUCCACAUUUUUCUUGACUGCUGAACUGGACAAAAAGAUGAAGGAACUCAGCUUUGCAUUCUGCCAUCAGCUGCAGUCCAAGUUUCUGGACCUGUAUCUCGGAGAGCAGGUGAUAAAGAAUUUACUUUUUGUGGCAAAAGUUGUUUACUUGCUAGCCCCUGCCUCAGAAGAAAGUAAAGAGGCUGAAGGAGAAGUCAGCUGUGAAGUGGAAGAGCAGGAGGCCUCAGGAGAUGAGGAAGAGAAAAACAUUUCUGCUCAAGGAGAGAAAGAAGGAGAGGACACAGAAGAGAAGCCAGCCACGUUGCUGUGGUUAAUGAAGAAGCUGUCUCUCAUGGCAAAGCGAGAAGCAGCAUAUUCCCCUAGGAUCCCUUUAAAGAGAAGCUGCAUCUUUAAGUUCCUGGGAGCAAUUUCAGUGGAUCUGGGGAAAGACAGGAUCCAGCCGUACCUUCCAACAAUUCUCACCCCUCUGUACAGGGAGCUGAACAGCACCUACGCAGAGCAAGAUCCAACACUGAAGAACCUUUCCCAAGAAAUCAUAGAACUGCUUAAGAAGUUAGUUGGACUGGAGGCUUUUUCGCUUGCCUUUUCUUCUGUGCAGAAACAGGCCAAUCAGAAAAGAGCGAUGAGGAAAAAGCAGAGGGCUUUGCAGACUGUAGCAAACCCUGACAUUGCUGCAAGGAGGAAGAUGAAGCGACAUAAGAAUAAAGCAGAAACUAGGAAGAGAAAACAAGAAUUCCUGCAUCCUACCUACAAGGCCAAGAGACCUCGAAGUCAUGCACUGAAGGAUUUAGCAACGGUGGAAUGAAAAGGCUUUUCCUUCCUGCAGGAUUAAUUUAUAAAAAGUAAUUUCAAGCUAAGGAACUAAUUACUGUUUUAAAAAAAUGUAUUUACAUAUUUUAAUUGUAUUUAUUAGUAUUUUUUUCAUGUCCUCUUUUUCAUCUAGGAUCUUAAAUAAAAGGUUUUCAAUUUUUUUUCCAAACCUGUAUAUUUACCAGAGCAUGUACAGUUGAAUGCACACCAUCAUCUUUAUCUUAAAUUUUACUUAGUUUUUUAAAA